CCAUGACCAUCAUCAAAUCAAUCAAACUUCCAACGUUAUUCUUCAAUUUUUAUGGUCAACUAUUACCCAUACUUACUUUCAUGAACAACAUUUGAAGUGACUCUCAGAUCAUUCUAUCACCACUUUUAUCACUGCGACACCGCAGCAGAGCGCAAAUAUGGGCGCUCUACUUUCACUUCCUUUGUUGGCUGUGCCAAGCAUGGGCACUGUGAGUUUUACUUACUGGACUUUGGCAUGAAGAGAUAGCUUAUAUUAUUAGGUGAUGGGUUUUGCUGCAAGUUGUUGCGGAGCAGCGACAUGUUCUGCCGUAUGCAGUGCUUGUGGGAAGUGUGGUAAUAGGUAUAUCUUCAAAUUUGAAGAUGUUUUAUGAUAAGGACUGAUUGUUGAAUAGCGUUGCCACUCGUAUCGCAUACGCCCUCAUCCUCUUAAUCAAUUCGAUAUUAUCAUGGAUAAUGCUAACACCAUGGGCGAUUAAUAAACUACAAGGCUUGACGUUGGAUUAUAUGAAGAUCAGUUGUCCAGAGGGAGAAUGUUAUGGCUGGGUCGCGGUUCACCGGAUUAAUUUCGCACUUGGAAUUUUCCAUCUCAUAAUGGCAUCAAUGCUAUUGGGCGUCAACUCUUCGAAGAAUCCUCGAGCAGCCCUACAAAAUGGUUUCUGGGGCCCGAAAAUUAUCGCUUGGUUGGGUUUUAUCGUACUUACUUUCCUGAUUCCAGAUGGAUUUUUUUUGGUUUGGGGAAAUUAUAUUGCAUUCACUGGAUCGACACUGUUCCUCCUCCUCGGACUUAUUCUACUAGUAGAUCUUGCGCAUACUUGGGCGGAAUAUUGUCUUGAACAGAUCGAGGCAUAUGAUUCUCGAGCUUGGAGAGGCAUCUUGAUUGGAUCGACAUUGGGCAUGUAUGCAUGUUCGUUAGCGAUGACCAUUGUUCAAUACAUUUUCUUCGCUGGCGCCGGAUGUUCAAUGAACCAAACCGCUAUCACUCUCAACUUGAUCUUUUUGAUCAUUGUCUCUAUUGUUUCUGUCCAUCCUAUGGUUCAAGAAUUCAACCCUCGAGCAGGUUUGGCGCAAUCAGCUAUGGUGGCUAUUUACUGCACAUACCUUACCAUGUCAGCAGUAUCUAUGGAGCCUGAUACAAAACAUUGCAAUCCUCUUAUUCGAGCUCAAGGAACACGAACAACCUCUAUCAUCAUUGGUGCAGUCGUCACUAUGUUCACAGUUGCAUAUACAACAACCAGGGCUGCAACACAAGGAGUUGCUUUAGGAGGAAAGGGAAAAAGAAUCGCAUUACCCGAAGAUGAUGAGCAUGAUCUCGUUACACAACAGCCAGAUAGUCGCCGUGAAAUGCGUGCAGCAGCCCUUCGACAGGCGGUAGAGGAAGGAAGUCUUCCUGCAGAUGCUCUUUUAGACGAUGAUGACGAAAGCGAUAGUGGAAAUACUGCUAAAGAUGACGAAAGGAACUCCACACAAUACAGUUAUGCACUAUUCCACGUAAUUUUCUUCUUAGCGACCACCUGGGUAGCUACACUUCUCACCAUGAACAUGGAUGAAUACACAGAUGGAAACACGAAUUUUGCACCUGUUGGAAGAACAUACUGGGCUUCGUGGGUCAAGAUUGUUAGUUCAUGGGUAUGCUAUGGCAUCUAUACAUGGACCCUGAUCGCACCUGUGGUAUUGCCAGAUCGAUUCGAUUUUUAGAUACGGAUAGUUCACUAUGGUUUUUGUUGUUGGGCGGGUCUCAUUGAUAAAUAGUACUGUAUUGUAUGCAUAUUGCAUUUGUUUUUUCGAGCGUGAGUCACGGAAACGGAGGUUGAAUUCUGGAGAUUGGCGCAGAUUGUUACGUUUUAGCAUUACCUACCUACCCACCUUUACAUGGGAUGGAAAUUGAUAUACCAAAUAUUUCGUUUACUGCAUGCACUACAUAUCAUUAC